CCCACAUGGUAGCGUACAUCAUGGCCUCGUUCCUCUGUGGCCAAACAUUCCAUCACACAGAUGGACCACAUGUGUCCCCACAUGGCUCUUUCUGGGCAUCAUCUCAAGCCACAUCCUCCUUAGCUCUGGGCCUUCAGUUUUUCCCAAUUGAAUCAUCGUGUGGUCCUUCCCACUGGGCUCCCUCCAGGUCCUGCCUCCUGAGCAGGUAGGUCUCAGGAGCCCUCAAGUCUCGGGAUCAAUGGGCCGCUGCCUGGAGGGACCGGCCAGCCUGUCCAGCCCCACUAACCCAACCACCCGCCAACGCCCACAGAGUACAAGACCAGCUAUGCCCGGAACCGCUCCAUCCGCUCGGUGGCCAUCGAGAUGGAUGGCGGGGUUCACCGCACAGGCCUGGACGACACAUCCCAGCCCCACAACCUUACCAAGCGGCACUGGCCAGGGGCCCCUGAGGACCCAGACGACAAGGAUGGCGGAGACUUCAGUGGCACCGGGGGCCUUCCAGACUACUCAGCCCCCAACCCCAUUAAAGUGACACACCGGUGCUACAUCCUCGAGAACGACACGGUCCAGUGUGACCUGGAUCUGUACAAGUCCCUGCAGGCCUGGAAAGAUCACAAGCUGCACAUCGACCACGAGAUCGAAACCCUGCAGAACAAAAUUAAGAACCUGCGGGAAGUCCGGGGUCACCUGAAGAAAAAGCGGCCCGAGGAAUGUGACUGUCACAAAAUCAGUUACCACCCCCAGCACAAAGGCCGCCUCAAGCACAAAGGCUCCAGUCUGCAUCCUUUCAGGAAGGGCCUGCAGGAGAAGGACAAGGUGUGGCUGCUGCGAGAGCAGAAGCGCAAGAAGAAACUUCGCAAGCUGCUCAAGCGCCUGCAGAACAACGACACGUGCAGCAUGCCGGGCCUCACGUGCUUCACCCACGACAACCAGCACUGGCAGACGGCGCCGCUCUGGACACUGGGGCCAUUCUGCGCCUGCACCAGCGCCAACAACAACACCUACUGGUGCAUGAGGACCAUCAACGAGACCCACAACUUCCUCUUCUGCGAAUUCGCCACGGGCUUCCUCGAGUACUUUGAUCUCAACACGGAUCCCUACCAGUUGAUGAAUGCGGUGAAUACACUGGACCGGGACGUCCUCAACCAGCUCCAUGUGCAGCUCAUGGAGCUGAGGAGCUGCAAGGGUUACAAGCAGUGCAACCCCCGGACUCGGAACAUGGACCUGGGACUUAAAGAUGGAGGAAGCUAUGAGCAAUACAGGCAGUUUCAGCGUCGAAAGUGGCCAGAGAUGAAGAGACCUUCUUCCAAAUCGCUGGGACAGCUGUGGGAAGGCUGGGAAGGUUAGAAGCAGCCAGCGGGCCUCCAGACCAGAGGCGCCAUCUGACCGAACCGACCCAUUUCAGGCGGGUCUGUGCUCCUGGCCAGGGGGGCCUGAGUCACGGGACCUGCUUUCCGUCAGCAUGGCACGCUCUGGAAGACAGCCAUCGGGAGCCGUGAAUUUUCAGGAAGUCCACUUUUGCCCCUGCUUUUGCUUUGGAUUAUACCUCACCAGCUGCACAAAAGGCAUUUUCGGAUCCAACGGUCACCACUAACCCUCUCUGAGAGGCUUCCAAAGGAAAAAGAUUUUCUUUGGAAAUUUCCCCCAACGGUGUUAAGUCACUGGAACUUUUUUUAAAAUUCUAGGGGAAGAACAACCCCGUUUUAAAUCCUCUUGUUCUUUUGGUUCGUCACAAAGAAGGACCUAAGGCUGCAGCAGGACAGACGCAACUUGCGGACGUUUGGAAACGGUGCCGAGUUCGACAAGGAGUCAGCAGCACAGAAGAGGGGACUUUCAUCGAGCACCAUAAUGCAGGCUGUCUCUGAAGAAACGGACUUCACUGUACAUAGGAGACUAUUUACGUGUAACCAGCGUGGGGACUCGCAGGGGAAUCUAGUAAGAAAACCCAAUUUUCGAGAGUGGUGGUAUCAAUAAAUGGUCUGUGGCCAGUGUAAAGAAAACCCCUUGCAGUUGUGGACAUUUCUAUUCCUGACCAGAUACCAUUUCUGCCAGUAUUGCUUUGUUAACUGUCCCAGAACUGACGUUUUUUAAAGUACUGGAAAGAAACGAAGUUGAUGUAUGUUAUGUCCCAGGUUUUAACAAAAUUGUAUUUGUAAAGAAAUUUUGUAGUCUAAGUAUUGUCAUACAGUGUUCAAAGUCCCAACCAACGACCAGCAGUUCAUAUGAGGUAACCUUUAACAUUUUGUAAAAGGCCGUUCUUGGGA